UCAUGUAGUUCUUGCUCAGGUUCGAAAUGCGAAACUCGAAUGCUCACUGUUUGUGUAAACACGUGGAGUCCCACAACUGUGUAGAAUUUAGCCUGUACUUACAACAUUGGUUAGAUUUUUCCAGAUAAUUAAUAACAUUCGCCAUUUUCACAGAUUUUAUGAUGUAUGAAUUUCUAUCAGCAAUAUCAAGAUGAAGAAUAAAAGUGGCCAAAGCAAGACCGGGAGUAAAAGUGGUCAAUCAGAUAUGAAAAAUGAAAUUGGCCAGUCACGCUCAGACACUAUGGUGCAUACGAAAAACUUUCCGAAACAAAACAGGAAGAAUGCCAAGAAAAGACCUGCUUUCAGUAUCGACACUAUGGGUAAUCGAGGCAAAAAGAGGAAAACAGAUGCAUGGCGAAAAGUCAGUUACGAAGCUACAAACACAUUUGUUUCUCACAAAGAGAUCAGAAGAGAGAGAGAGUUGGUAGAAGACCUAUUUGGUGAUGUGGAUUUACCAGAGGUAGAUGCCAAAGUCAAAGAGGAGGAGCCCAGGAGCAUAAAUCAACUCAAGGGGGACAGAAAGAAAAAAGACGCUGAUGAUCCUUAUGACCACCAUGAUGACAGAAAGACAGCUGAAAAGAAGCCAGUUUGGGUUGAUGAAGAUGAUGAUAAUAUCAGAGUUAAGGAUGUUAUGGCCAACAUGAGCAAAAUGAGAGGCAAGAGAGGUGCAAGAGAAGUCUCUGAUGAGAGAUAUGAAAACAUGUUGAAAGAAAAGUUUGAGUUAGCAAUGGGAUCAACACCAGAAUGGGCUCAGCUUGACCGCAAGAUUGAAAAUGAUUCUGAUGAUGAGGGUGAUUUCAAUAGGAGAACUGGAAAUUACAUAUCCUCAGAAGGCCCUUCCAGGCUACCCAAAUCAGUACUAGAAUACAAAAUGCUUUCAGACCUGAAUCGUGCAACCUAUGCUGAGGGUGCUAUCAUCAAAGGAGUGGAGUUCAACCCUAUUUUCCAAGUGGCCUUGGUAGCAGGCUUUUCAAAAACAAAUGGCUCUGCAACACUAUUCCAGGUUGAUGGCUUACACAACCACAAAAUUCAGACUAUGAAGUUUCCGAGAUUCCCCAUAAAGUGUGCCAAGUUCUUCAGGGAUGGGCGGCGAUUUGUGGUAGGGUCAGACCUGUAUGGGCACUUCUUUGUGUAUGAUAUGGAGGGUGGCAAAGAGAUCAAGAUACCCUGGAACAAAUCAGAAGACCGUAGAUGCAUGAAGAAAUUUGUAAUUUCCCCUGAUGGUGAACUUUUGUUCUUCUUUGGGUCCAAAUCAUUGAUUCACAUAUUUGACACCAAAACCCUCUCACACAUUGACACGCUCCAGGCUUCAGAGGAAGUAACAUCAGCCACCUUCAAUUCGAGUGGAACAAGGAUGUAUACCCAUGGAAAUGGAGGUGAUGUGUUGACCUGGGAUAUUAACAAUAGGCAGUGUGUCCAGAAGUUCUAUGAUGAUGGUUGCAUAGAUGGAAUGUCAAUAGCUCUCUCUCCAAACAACCAAUACUUAGCUUGUGGAUCAUCAUCAGGCAUUGUGAAUAUAUAUGACACUGCUGACCUUACAAAGGAUACACCAUUACCUGUGAAAGUUCUAGAUAAACUUGUUACAUCUGUGACUUCACUAACUUUCAAUACCUCUUCUGAACUUCUUGCAAUGGGAUCAGAGUUCAAGGAAAAUGCUUUUAAAUUAGUACAUUUCCCUUCUAUGACCUACUUCACAAACUUUCCAAGAGAGGGCACAAACCUGGCAAGAGUCCAAGUGGCACAAUUUUCACCAAAUGGAGGUUAUAUCGCGGCUGGUAAUAACGGAGGAACAGUACGCUUAUACAGGUUAAAACACUAUGGUAGUUAUUAAGAGAGGAUAAGAAAAAUAUUGAUGACUUGAGAA